CAUAAUUUCUUCUACAGGCCAAAGACCCUAACCAAUAUUAUUCCUAUCUUCUACAGCCACGAGGAGAGGAAAAAAACAGGAAAUUUGGGGAAAACAAGACGUGGUCCCUGAUGGUGUCCUGAAUCUUCAGGUCCCCCAAGCUCUCUCCUCUGGCCAAAUCCCAGAGAUCAGCACCUGGAGGGGCCGUGCUUUAGGUGCUAGGGAUGCAGCAAGCAAACUGGAUGCAGACAUCCCACUCUUAAACAGCACGUCGUCUUCAAGGGCAAAAAAAGUCAGUAGACCUUGGCCAUGAUCGUGUCCUCUUUUCCAUCCUCCGUGGCAGUUUUUGCCCUAAUUAUCCUGCAUGCCAGUGCACAGGACACUUUUAAAGCUGCUGUUUACGAACAUGCUGUCAUAUUGCCAAAUAUAACAGAAACAGCGGUUUCUCAAGAUGAUGCCUUGAUCCUGAUGUACAAGAAUCUAGAAAUUCUGGGGGAGAUGAUAAAACAGGCAGCUGAGAAGGGUGCUCAAAUCAUUGUGACUCCGGAAGAUGCCCUUUAUGGUUGGCAAUUUACCAGGGAAACCAUUUUCCCUUAUCUGGAGAACAUUCCAGAUCCCCAGGUGAACUGGAUUCCAUGUCAAGACCCCCAGAGAUUUGGUUCCACACCAAUACAAACAAGACUCAGCUGCCUGGCCAAGGCCAACUCUAUAUAUGUCGUGGCAAACACUGGGGACAAAAAGCUGUGCAAUAUCCGGGAUUCCACGUGUCCUCGCAAUGGUUAUUACCAAUACAAUACCAACGUGGUGUACGAUAAAGAGGGGAAACUGGUGGCGCGUUACCAUAAGUACCACCUCUACAAUGAGCCUCAGUUUGAUGCCCCUGAAAAGCCAGAACUGGUGACUUUCAACACCACCUUUGGAAAGUUUGGCAUUUUCACCUGUUUUGAUAUCCUCUUCCUUGAGCCAUCGGUUACCCUGGUGAAAGAUUUCCAUGUGGACACCAUACUAUUUCCCACGGCUUGGAUGAAUGUCUUGCCCUUUUUGACAGCUAUUGAAUUCCAUUCAGCUUGGGCAAUGGGGAUGGGAGUUAAUCUUCUUGCAGCUAAUUUACAUCAUCCCAGGCUAAAGAUGACAGGGAGUGGUAUCUAUGCACCACACUCCCCCAAAGUGUACCAUUAUGAUAUGAAAACAGAGUUUGGAAGGCUCCUCUUAUCGGAGGUGGAUUCAUAUCCCCGAAACUCUCCAACCUACCCACCAGCGGUGAAUUGGACAGCCUACGCCAAAACCAUCAAACCAUUCCUGAUACAGAAACGUGCUUUCCCAGGACUUAUUUCCCGGAAUGCGUUCAACUUUACAGAACUUUUUGAAAGAGCAGGAAAUCUUACAGUCUGUCAAAAAGAGCUCUGCUGUCAUUUAAGCUACACAAUGUUGAAAAAAGAAGAGACUGAAGUCUAUGUUCUAGGAGCAUUUACAGGACUUCAUGGCAGAAGGCAACAAGAGUAUUGGCAGGUAUGCACGAUGCUGAAAUGCAAAACUACUAAUUUGACAACUUGUGGACAGUCAGUAGAAACCGCUUUUACAAGAUUUGAAAUGUUCUCCCUAAGUGGCACAUUUGAAACAGAGUAUGUUUUUCCUGAAGUGUUACUUAAUGAAAUUCACCUGUCACCUGGAAAAUUUGAGGCACUAAGUGAUGGUCGUUUGGUGAACAAGAACGGAACAUCUGGGCCUAUCAUAACAGUGUCACUGUUCGGAAGAUGGUAUGCAAAGGAUGCACUUUCCCACAAUUCAGCAGUAACUUACCUGCCAACGUUCACGUUACUAAUGGUUGUAGCUUUGCAGACUACUGUGAUGAUGGCUUAGGAUAUCUCUUUAUCACAUUCAUUUUUGCACCCUGUAUUUUGCUAUCUGUGUCUAUCAGAUUCCCAAGUUUAUUAAGAAGCUUUGAAGGAUUAUCUAAGUAGUAUACAACAAUGAUUCCUAAAUAUUUUUUAUUUUCUCAUCCAGGAUUAUUUCUAAGUAUUACAGUAAUCCCUCUCCACUCUUUUGGGUACUCUGAAAUGUUGCAGGGUGGUAUAAUAGGAUGCAUGGGUGUUUGGGCCAGACAAAUGAGGGUCAACCCCCAGCUCCUGCCUUAGCUGCUGUGCCUUUGUGUGUGCUUUAUGAAUGAAGAGCAUUAGGUAGAGCUCCUAGGCCCUUUGUAAACAUAGCUGUGCCCUUUGAAUAGAGCAUCAAUGAUUUUAAUUGAGAAGUUUGUCAUUGUGCUGCAUUUGAAAUUAAAGACAACUCAAACUCACCUGGCAGUCUGUGUUAAUGAUUAGGGGAAAUUUUGUUUUCCAAUCAGAUGACAAUGUUGAAAGUUGUUUAAACAGUGAAAGUUGUUGGAGAUGUGCUGGAAGGAAUAUCAGUUAUUCUAGGUUUGUGUCAAAGGAGAUCUGGCCCAGGGCCUUCAUUGCCCCAAACUGUCCCCCCUGAAGGCUGUGGUGUAAUUUAACAGGCACAAGUCCUGUAACACAGAGACAGUGACAGUUAAUGGGGAACUUAUUUUCAACAUUAGACAGCUGCUUUUUCAAAAUGCAUACAUUCCGUGCCACUUGAAAUAUAAUAGUGUAUUUAUUAUUGAUCAUUUUAUGCAAAUAUUCUUAAAAGAAAUGACUUUGAAUUUUCAGAUUUUGUUCAGAUAGCUCCAAAAUUGUCUAUACUAUUGCAUUAAAAAUCACAAUUGAAGAAUUUAUGUGUAUUUAAAAAUAUAUUUUCAUAAGUCUUCUCCUUUGGGUUCAUAUUCUAUUUGGUUUUAUAUUCUAUUAAAAUGCAUAAGGGAAUUAAGACUACUUUUCUAAUGAAUUGGUUAUUAUUAAGAGAAGGGACAUGGAGAUUAAGCUACUUUUUGUUUUUAAUUUGAGAAGAGCACAUAUGUUUCCUAUUUCUAUCACUGGAGCUUUAAGAUGGUAGUUUUAAGCAUGGUGGUGAGUGUACAUAUAAGUAUUUAGUCCAAGUCACAUCAUCAUCAAAAUUGUGUGUUCUUUAUUCUUAAAAUAUGGGACAUUGGUUACUUGAGUAAGUUUGACAACGUGCAAUUGUUUUGCAAUGUGGACUGUUAUGCUUAGACAAUGAUUUUUCACUCCCAGAAGUUUAAAUUUUGACCAAAACUCCACAAUGAACACGUAAAAUAUUGGUUUGAUACAAUGCAAGUGAGGAACUCAUUGUUGAUUGCUGGGGACAGUUCUUCCUCUGAUUCAAGCUUAGAGUUGUCAGCUGUGCCUCAGCUCAUCAAUAAAUGGCCAAGAAAAAAGGGAAGUAUCAAUAUGACUCAGUGCACUCAGUCACUCCCCAGGGUCCUCUAGCAACCUUCCGGUUCUAAUGCCCCACUCUCCCCUUUCACUGGCAUUGGGAUUGGUAGCACCGUCCUGCAGUUACUAUCUCAGCAUCACCCCUAUGUUCUCCGGCCCUCCAUUCAUCAAAUCCCUGUUUAACCAAAUCCUUAUAUUAACGUUUCUUAAAAUAACUGGUGUGGAGUCUGUCUUCCUGGUUGUAUCUUGCCUGAUAUAAUGGGUAUCCCAUUGUUAAUUUGUCCAUGCAUUUAUUGAUGGAUAUGGUGAACAUGGCCAGGCCAGCUGCACUUAGGUCGUGGAUAAGCCUGAUGAUGGGCUAACAGACAAGACAUGGAUGCAUCCAACUGCCCACCCAGGCACGUGGUCCUGGCCUCACCCUAGCCUGUCAGUAACAUGCAGAAUGCCCAUUGUCUGGCAGUCUCUGACCUGUAUGUUUUCACUCUGUGAGGACUGGUGAGACCAGGACCUUGGGGUGCACCUCUGUGGGAACAUAGAAUUUAUGAUCACUUACUUAUAUUUUUAAUCUCAACUAUACACUUUGUGUUACUUAUGUGAUGGCUCGAUAAUAAGACCAACCAGAAUCAAUUUUAACUGACUCAGAGUUAUCAGUUUCAACAGUCUUGGACCUAUACCUGCUCUUGUGGUUUGGUCUAACUCAAUAGAUGUUUAGGUUUCCUACUUUAUUUAUGUAUUUAUAUUUGCUAUUACAAAUAAAGUUUCUUUGAACAUCCUU